GCAGGCUUCAGUUGGCCACAACUCAGAAGAAAAUCCGUUGUUGUGGAGGAAGAAAGGCUCAGCAAACACGGAGCGUUAACGCUGCAAUCAGGGCGGAGGAAACCCCUACUUCUGUGGGUCCAUUUCUUCACUUUGUUUUUCACUUUUGCUUAGCUAACAUGGCUUGUGGAGCUACGUUAAAGCGGUCGAUGGAGUUUGAGGCCCUGCUCAGUCCCCAGUCUCCCAAGCGGAGAAGGUGCAACCCUUUACCGGGGACUCCCAGCACUCCGUCACCGCAGAGAUGUACCCUCCGUCCGUCUGUCGACAGCCCGACGCACUCGAUGUCUCCGCCGGUUAUGGGGGGUGAAAGUCGUCUUACCCCAGAGCAGAUCUUCCAGAACCUGCGUCAGGAGUACAGCCGCAUCCAGAGGCGGCGACAGCUGGAGGGAGCCUUCAACCAGAGUGAGGCCUGCAACUCCAGUGAUGUCUCCAGCCCCAGUUCCUCCCUCACCGCCCCCAGCUCCCCUCCAGGCGCCUCCAGGAAGGACCAGCCCUCUUUUACGCUGAGGCAAGUAAGCUACCUGUGUGAGCGUCUCCUCAAAGACCACGAGGACAAGAUCAGGGAGGAGUACGAACAGAUCUUAAACACAAAACUUGCAGAACAAUAUGAAUCGUUUGUGAAAUUCACACAAGACCAGAUAAUGCGAAGAUACGGAGCACGGCCUGCUAGUUACGUCUCGUGAGCUGACAUCGACAAAAUCCCAGCUUCCUCUCACAAGAUGGCUGCUCUUUUAUUCACCCUUUCUUCUUGAUUUACUUUUUAUUUUGUCUUUCUACCCCCUCCCACAUCAAACUGUUCAGGUGCCAUGUUUUUUUUCCUUCCGGUUUUUAAACCCACACGUUCGAAUAGAAUUGCUGCUGGCCAAAAGGUGUAUGAGAAUCAAACGUAAUGUAAAAAGUCCACUUGUUGUGCCCUCUUGUUGAUAUGCUCUCUGGAAAUCUUGACUAUAACGGAUCUCUGUUGAUUUCUCUCUGGCGCUGUAGAAAAAGCUUUUUGGCUCAGUAAAUAUUCUGUAUACCCUCCCAGCAGCUGUAUGUAAAGGCCCCUGCUUCACUCACCCAACCUUUUUUGCCCCAAGCUCCUCAUAACUUUACCUAAAGAAUGUGCGUUCUUUUUCCCUUUUGAAAAAAUAAAAGUUAAGUGAUUCAA